AUGCCGUACACGGCAGCCAGCGGGGACAAGUCACAGACAGUCAUGUCGCCUCCUCUUACCAUGAUUGUUCAUGAUCUGUCUUUGCCCGUGUUCAGGGAAGUGGAGGAUUCGGAUGCAAUUGACAUUCUGGGACAACUUGAUGGACCAGACAGCCCACUUCCUACACUGAAAGGUUACUUUCUGAAUUUUCUGGAGCCAGUCAACAAUAUCACCAUUGUCCAGGGCCAGACCGCAAUCCUGCACUGCAAGGUGGCGGGAAACCCACCCCCCAACGUGCGGUGGCUGAAGAAUGAUGCCCCAGUUGUGCAAGAGCCAAGGAGAGUUAUCAUCCGGAAGACAGAAUAUGGCUCAAGGCUGCGGAUCCAAGAUCUGGACACGACAGACACGGGCUACUACCAGUGUGUGGCGACCAAUGGGCUGAAGACCAUCACUGCCACCGGAGUUCUGUAUGUGCGGCUCGGUCCAACGCACAGCCCAAACCACAACUUUCAGGAUGACUAUCAGGAAGAUGGCUUCUGCCAGCCUUACCGGGGCAUCGCCUGUGCACGCUUCAUCGGGAACCGGACUAUUUACGUGGACUCUCUCCAGAUGCAGGGGGAGAUUGAAAACCGAAUCACAGCCGCCUUCACCAUGAUUGGCACCUCCACACACCUGUCAGACCAGUGUUCCCAGUUUGCCAUCCCAUCCUUCUGCCACUUCGUCUUCCCUCUGUGUGACGCGCGCUCCCGGGUGCCCAAGCCGCGAGAGCUGUGCCGGGAUGAGUGUGAGGUGCUGGAGAAUGACCUGUGCCGGCAGGAGUACACCAUUGCCCGCUCCAACCCGCUCAUCCUCAUGCGGCUCCAGCUGCCCAAGUGCGAAGCCCUGCCCUUGCCCGAGAGCCCCGAUGCUGCCAACUGCAUGCGCAUCGGGAUCCCCGCGGAGAGGCUGGGUCGCUACCACCAGUGCUAUAAUGGCUCCGGAGCUGAUUACAGGGGCAUGGCCAGUACCACCAAGUCAGGCCACCAGUGCCAGCCAUGGGCUCUGCAGCACCCCCACAGCCAUCACCUGUCCAGCACAGAAUUCCCAGAGCUGGGAGGAGGCCACGCCUACUGCCGGAACCCUGGGGGCCAGAUGGAAGGCCCAUGGUGCUUUACGCAGAAUAAAAACGUACGCAUGGAACUGUGUGACGUACCCCCGUGUAGUCCCCGAGAUGGCAGCAAGAUGGGGAUUCUGUACAUCCUGGUCCCCAGUAUCGCCAUCCCCCUGGUCAUCGCUUGCCUUUUCUUCCUCGUCUGUAUGUGCCGCAACAAGCAGAAGGCUUCGGCCUCUACCCCACAGCGCCGGCAGCUGAUGGCUUCGCCCAGCCAGGACAUGGAGAUGCCUCUCAUCAGCCAGCACAAACAGGCCAAACUCAAAGAGAUCAGCUUGUCCACGGUGAGGUUCAUGGAGGAGCUUGGUGAGGACCGGUUUGGGAAAGUCUACAAAGGCCACCUGUUCGGGCCAGCCCCAGGAGAACCCACCCAAGCCGUGGCCAUCAAGACGCUGAAAGACAAGGCAGAGGGGCCCCUACGGGAGGAGUUCCGGCAAGAGGCCAUGCUGCGGGCCCGGCUGCAGCACCCCAACAUUGUCUGCCUCCUGGGUGUGGUGACCAAGGACCAACCCCUGAGCAUGAUCUUCAGCUACUGCUCACACGGCGACCUCCACGAGUUCCUGGUCAUGCGCUCGCCGCACUCUGAUGUGGGCAGCACCGACGACGACCGCACGGUGAAGUCGGCCCUGGAGCCCCCUGACUUCGUGCACGUGGUGGCACAGAUUGCUGCGGGGAUGGAGUUCCUCUCCAGCCACCACGUGGUCCACAAAGACCUGGCCACGCGCAACGUGCUGGUGUAUGACAAGCUGAAUGUGAGGAUCUCAGACUUGGGCCUCUUCCGCGAGGUGUACUCGGCGGAUUACUACAAACUCAUGGGCAACUCGCUGCUGCCCAUCCGCUGGAUGUCACCCGAGGCCAUUAUGUACGGCAAGUUCUCCAUCGACUCUGACAUCUGGUCCUAUGGCGUGGUCCUCUGGGAGGUCUUCAGCUACGGCCUGCAGCCCUACUGUGGGUACUCCAACCAGGAUGUGGUGGAGAAGCAGGUACUGCCCUGCCCGGACGACUGCCCCGCCUGGGUCUAUGCCCUCAUGAUUGAGUGCUGGAAUGAGUUCCCCAGCCGGAGGCCUCGCUUUAAGGACAUCCACAGCCGCCUCCGGGCCUGGGGCAACCUCUCCAACUACAAUAGCUCAGCACAGACCUCGGGAGCCAGCAACACCACACAGACCAGCUCCUUGAGCACCAGCCCCGUAAGCAAUGUGAGCAAUGCCCGCUACAUGGCACCCAAGCAGAAGGCCCAGCCCUUCCCCCAGCCUCAGUUCAUUCCCAUGAAGGGUCAGAUCAGACCCUUGGUGCCCCCAGCACAGCUGUAUAUCCCAGUCAAUGGCUACCAGCCGGUACCAGCCUACGGGGCUUACCUGCCAAACUUCUACCCGGUCCAAAUCCCCAUGCAGAUGGCCCCACAGCAGGUGCCCCCCCAGAUGGUCCCCAAGCCGAGCUCACACCACAGUGGCAGUGGCUCUACCAGCACAGGCUAUGUAACCACGGCACCCUCCAACACAUCUGUGGCGGACAGGGCAGCCCUGCUGGCAGAGGGCACUGAGGAUGCACAGAACAUGCCAGAAGAGGUGGCCCAGAGUCCUGUGCAGGAAGCAGCAGAGGAGGAGGAGGGCUCUGUCCCAGAGACUGAGCUCCUGGGAGACAAUGACACUCUCCCGGUGAAUGAGGCCCAUGUCCAGCUUGAAGCCUGA